UCCCCUUUACCUCUCCCAAUGGAUAUCGACCCCAACAGGAGGAACAAGAAGCCCCGUCUCCUAUUGGAGUCGGAGCGUGAGCGCCUGGAUGAAUUCAUUGACUCAAUCCACUACUCCGCACGAUACUCGGACGACAAGUUCGAAUACCGCCACGUGCAGCUGCCGAAGAACAUGCUUAAAAAAAUCCCCACAGACUACUUCGACAGCUCCAAGGGGACAUUGAAGCUGUUGUGGGAGGAGGAAUGGCGUGCGUUGGGUAUUACACAGAGUUUGGGUUGGGAACACUACGAGGUACACGAGCCUGAGCCUCAUAUCCUCCUUUUCAAGUCGACGACCUCUGAACUACCAGCCCCCACUGGCGCAAUAGACUCGUGA